CACACCAGCAACAGCGCUAACAACAACAACCCGCCUCGCCUUAACCUUGGGACCAACCCUCCGCACCGUUUCAACACGCCUUUAACUUCUAAGCCGGCUGGCACGGUCGGUGAAGCAAAUGAAUGGCACUGUUUUGGUCUUGUUGCUAACUUGGAGUUGACCUGCUGAGAAACGCAGGCUCCAAAAGCUGAGCUGGCAUCAUCCCCAGGGCUACAGUGUAAAUAAGGAAGUAACCGCGCGCAAAAAGAAGCCAUAGUGCGUUUACUCUUUAAAGGCAAAGACAGGAGAUGAAAAUGACUUUAUAUCAACUGGAAAGAGCUAAAUUGCUGUUUUCAGUCUCCUUGCUUGUUUUAUGAACAAAUAAGAGAGCGCAACGAUGUUUUUGCAUGAGAACUACAGCUGUAGGAAAAGCCGAUACUAGAUCUUCCCCCAUCGAAAUACACGAGAGCCUAGAUUACUUAGACGGCAGAGCUACAGUUUUUCAUUCUUGUUAUCUCUCUGCAUGGGCGAGUACCAGCUCAGACAUGAAACAGUCAGUAGUUCUGGGUCACUUCAUUCUGCCUCCCGCUUGCUUGCAAGAAGAAAUCAGAAGAAAAAUUGGUAGUUUUAUUUGGGAGCAGAUGGAUGAUUCCCUUGUGGAACAGUCACAGCCCAGUGAAAGCCUACUUGAUGAACCAGAGGUGGUGAGAAAAGACAGCGAGCAGGAUGCAGAGGAUGCACUAGAUCUGUCUGAAAGCAGUGAAGAAAAAACAGACUCAAGAACAACCACCCAAGGGGAAUUUGCAUACCAUGCUCUUCAGGAAUACCCAGUGAAUAACAUGGUGACAGGCUACGUCUCUGCUCGUGACAUGAAGAAAUACGUUGGAGAGCUACGCGAUUUCAUUCCUGGCACCUCAGGUUACACAGCAUAUUGGAUUCAAAAUGAAAUUAACAUUUACUCUGAUGUGAAAAAUAAAUUGAAAAGAAAAUUAUAAGUAACAGGUGGCUUGCUCUCAACAAAAACUUGAUUAAGCUCUGCCACAACGCUAUCAGGCAUGUAUAGAUCCCUUCUGUUUAUUAACCAUCCUAUAGUUACACUUUCAGAUGCCUACUUGCUCUCUCUUUUCUGCAGACGGAUGGUUAUUUUAAGUCUGCAUACUUACUGUGUUUUGGUUAGAUAGUGAAGAGAUUGGUGGUAUUGAACUAGAAAUUCUGAGUUAAAUCUCUGUAGUACUUGAGGACUUAUAAAUUAUCCCUGCUUGGCUUAUCCUGACUACAGCUUGUUCAGUGUAUAUUUAAAUAUCUGGCUCUG